AGAGACUACAGGUGUGGGCGGGUCGGAGGGAGGGGCCAAGCCGCAGUCCCCGCCCCCACCUCCCCCCCAACCGCGAACAACGCGGAAACGCGGUGGCUGCGGCCCGCGGGCAGGCGUCGGGGCAGGUGUCUGGCCCCGCUCCUGGGCCGACUUCCUCAGCAGCCUUCUAGUGUGGCGGGUUCCCGCCCAGGGAGGGUCUCUGGCUUGAGAUCCCGCAACCCCCGCCUGCGUCCAGGGGCAGCGGGGCCAGCCCUUCCCCUCGCUUCCCGGGCCAGCCUUUGGGGCCUACCGCAGCGGCAGUAGCCUGGACGCGCAGGGGUCGCGGGGUCGCAGGGUCACCAGUCCCGGCGAGGGAGGUGGAGCUCUGGUGCGGGAGUUGCCCGCUCAGGAGAAGGCCCAGACUCUGACUGAGGCUCUUCUCCGACACCUUUCUGCCCCUUUUGGACACAGUGCCAGGCCUUGCACACAGUGAAGCUGGCUGGAAGCUCCUCCUCCACCCCCUACCCUACUGUCCCACCCAGGGCCCCGCAGCCUCGCGGUCAGCUGUGUGGGCCAUUGAUUGCCUGUUCUGCCCAGCUCAGAAAGAGUUGUGGGCGUGGAAGGGCCUCCUGCCCACCUGUCUCCUGUGCUCCCCUAGGGAGCCCUCACAUAGCCGAAAGUUGCAGAGAUGAAGGGUGAAAGUUGGAAUGAUUGGGUUUUGUGGGUCAGGUCUGUGACCUCGCUUUUCUCCUGGAGCAGAGGGAAUACUUGUCAUGGUAAUGGGGUAGCCCAGAGGGUGUGGAGUUGGCUGGGAAAGGUGAGGCUUCAGUUUGGGGGUCAGGUAGGUGAGUGCCUGUCACUGAGGUCAAAGGAGCUGUGGGCUGGGCCUGGCAGUGGAGGCAGGUGCCUGUAGUCUCAGCAGUUCAGGAGGCGGAAUUGGGAGGAUCACUUGAGCCCAGGAAUUUGAGGUUACUGUGAGCUGUGAUCACACCAAAGCAUUCCAGCCUGGACAGGGGAGCAAGACCCUGUCUCUAAAGAAUUAAUUAUUAAUUUAAAAACAGGCUGUGGGCAAGGGUGUACUAUUGCCAGUUGGCGUUCAGCACAGUCCCCAGCUUGUCACUGUUACCUGUCGGCUUCCCCCACACACCCAUGGCUAUGCUGGGCUGGCUCACAGGCAGCAGUGCCCCCAUAUUUAUCCCGCUGCUGCUGCCAGGCUAGGUAGGGGAUGCUGGGGCCUCCCUCAGGGUGUUGGCCACUAAGUAGUCCCCCCGCUAAGCUGAGCAGUGGCUCAGCCUCUCACACCUCCUCCAGGCUGGGCUGGCCCAGAACUCACCCAGGGGCCUAGUCUGGGGUCUCCCUGGAGACUCCUGGUAACAAACAGCCCCACCACUUCUGGGUGCAGGUAUCCAUGGCAACAGUAUAGAGCCCUUCCCUCCCAGGCCUGCUUGGAGGUCUGGGUUCAGGUGAGUGCUGGGGGUAGGGCCCUGAGCUGGGGGGACAAGAGAGACAGGAACAACACAUCACAGGCAAAGGGCCAGCACCUGCGUAGCAGGGGGACACGCCAGGGACAUGUCAGGUGGUGACCUGCUGCCGCAGCCUGGUCAGAAACACACAGGUGUGGACACCCACAUGUGGGUCCCUUCAGAGAGCAAUGCUCUGUGAGUAGUGGUGCCGCCUGUGCUGCUCCAACCUGUGUGGCCACACGAGGCGCACAUGGCAGACGGGCCCCCCACCCCUCCCAGCUCCUGAAGAACAUUGAGAAUGGCCCCCAAGUCUGGCCAGGGGUUUGAAGAAGCCGAGGAAGAGGCUCUCCUGUCCCCUACAGAGCAAGAGUCCGUCAGUGGUCACCUGGGACCUCCAGCAGGUGCAGCCCCCGAGACUCCCACGUGCCUGCCAGACACCACGCCCCACCCCGCACCGGUGGUCUGUUCUGCCGACCCACAGUUGGCUCUUGAGUCCCUGGACCCUCGCACACUGCGGCUGCUGUGGAGGCAGCGAGAACUGGAGAUCCAGGCCUUGCGGUGGGCCGUCCAGAAUGGCCAGGACGCCUGGCGCUGCCACAUCCUGGAGGAGGUGGCGGGGCUUCCGCCCAAGAGGAGCUCCCACAGUCAGGAGAAAUUCCUGCAGAACCAGGUCCAGAAGCUGACCCUGGAGUUGAAGGAACAGAAGGAGCAAGCCCAGUGGGAGAAGGAGCACCUGGAGGAGCGGCUGCUGCAGACCACCCGCACGCUCCAGGAGGUGGAGGCCGAGCUACAGAACUUGCAGAAGUCCUGCCUCCUGCAGCUGGCCCGCUCCUCGUGGGUGGGCCGCAUGCUACGAUCCCAGACUGGCAGUGUGGAGGUAGUGACGGCAGAGACUCUGAUGGACCCAAGUGACCUCUCUGAAAACAUUCAGGCCCCCACUGGGGAGGGCUUUCGGCUGGAGGACGUGGACUGGAACAGCAUUGCCCACCGCUACCCCAACCUCUUCACCAGCAUGGAGCCCAGCUCAAAGCAAAAGCAGCCCCAGCCCUGGCCACAGCUGGACACAGGGAGCUCAGAGUCCUCCAGAAAGCACUCCGAGCGGCAUCACAAGACCGUGGAGUGGGGCUCCCUGCCCUGUCUGAACACCAGCAGCUCAGGGGGCGCUGACUCCGACUCCAGCAUCUGCCGGCCAAGCCUGCCUUCCCUCGUGCAGGCGAUAGGGCACACGCCCCGGGACCACCGCGCUUCCUCCGAGCAGGCGCUGGUGCAGGCCGGGAGCCACAGCAGGGACUCAGAAGAUCUCCAGAAAACCCACUCACCCAGGCACGGCGAUCCGGUCCUGUCGCCCCAGCCCUGCACAGACCCCGACCACUGGAGCCCGGAACUCCUGCAGAGCCCGACAGGCCUGAAGAUCGUGGCUGUGAGCCGCCGGGAGAAGUUCGUCCGCAUCUUCAACCCGUCGCAGGAGAGCACGGCCGACCUGAGCGGCAUGGUGCUGAAGCAGCUGGUGCGCGGCUUCCCGGAGCGCCUGUACCGCUUCCCGCCGGGCACGCUGCUGGCCCCGCGGCACCACGUCACGGUCUGGGGCGAGGCGACCCGCAGCGCCAAGAAGCCGCUGUGCGCGUCCUCGGGCCGGGUGCCCGUUCCCCUCCUCUCCAUCCGUGGCUGCGCGACGCUGCUCCUGAGCCCCAAGGGCGAGGUCGGUGCGGGCCCCCGGUGGGGCGGCCGGGGCUGGGGUGUGGGGGGUGACCGACGCGCCCCGCAGGUCCUCAGUGAGCACCGGAUCCCACGCCGCGAGACUCCGGCCCCGAGGGUCUUCGCCGACGGCACCGACUUGUCCAUCGACCGCUUCCCGCUCCCUGAGGCCGGGCCCGGCGCCGACACCCGCAAGCCGCCGCGCCCACCUCGACCCCUGCGCAAAGGCCGGGUGCGGGAGCCCCGGGUCAGUCGCCGGAGACCAGGGACGCGGGGCCUGCUGCCCCCAAUGAGCUCGGGGAAGCUCUUCCACGAGCGGGAGGGGCCCGCGCGGCCCGAGACCCCGGAGAUCCCCGCGCCGCAGCACCUGCCCGCCAUCCCGGGUGACCCCACCCUGCCGUCGCCUCCCGCAGAGGCCGGGCUGGGCCUGGAGGACUGUCGGCUCCGGAAAGAGCACCGAGUUCGGGUGUGCCGGAAGAGCGUGGACCGUAGCUGCCCCCUGGUGGCCCUGUCGGUGCAGAGCACGGCGGAGAGCAGAUUCGGCUUCCGCUUCCUCAGCUGCCUGCCGGUCACCGCGGACACCUGCCGCGGCGCCUAGGGGCGGAGGAGCGGGGCCC